AUGAUGAAGGGCAAACGCCUGAGCAAACGCCUCAGACGUAAGGAGGAACAAGAAGAGAUAAUCGAAGACCUCGACCUCGACGUGGAGGACUACGAGAUUGAGGAGGAUGACGUCGUCCACAAUCGACGUAGUAAAGUGAAGGACAAGGGUGACGGAGUGAAUGGUGUGCUCCCGGUGGACGCUCACAAGCUGGAAGGCUUUGACGAUGACGAUGAGGAAAAGGGUGCUCAUCUAGAGGAAGAGAGACUCGCUCUUGAAGUAAACAAGACUAUGCGAAAAAAUACGGUUGAUUCUGAUUUUGAUGUUGGUGGUAUCUCCGCGGGAACGAAGCGUAAGAGGACACCCGAAUUUAACGUAACCCAAAGUGUUGCACCCGUUAUUGAGGCCGUGGAGCGCGACUACGCCGCAUUAACUUCUUCGGAGCGGCUGUCAAUUGUGCAGAAAGAGUCUCCUGAGAUGAUCAAGAUGCUUGAGGAAAUGAAGCGGUACCUUGCCGAGGUGAGGGAACUGGGCGAUCCUCUUCACGAACUGCUCUUCCGGCGGCGACUGUCAAGCGCCGAUCGGAGCCUCGUUCAGUUCCUGGAAACAAAGGUGCAGCUAAUGCUCAGUUAUUGUAUGCACGUGACAUUCUAUUUACUUAUGAAAACGGAAGGCAAAAAGAUUGCCGGCCACCCAGUCAUAGACAAUCUGGUGGAGAUACGUGUUUACCUUGAGAAGUUGUUCCAUAUGGAGGAGAAGCUGCAGUACUCGUUGAAUCGCCUACUAAGCGGCAAGACAACAGCUGUUGCACACCUUGAUACUCUACGCCCUCUUCAGUGUAAUGAGCGCGUCUCCAUGACAACCAACAAAGAUGCAAAGAAGAGUCGCAAGCAACUUGAAGCGAUGAAAGAAGCGGAAGAAAUUGAGAAGGAGGAAAUGGCAACAAUGAACCGCAUUCGCACUAAGAAGUCAGGUAGCCUUGACGAGGUAACACCUGUUGAUAGCAAGGCAGCCGCUUCAGUACUGGGCUACCACGAGGAUGAAGACCAGUUUUUUGCAAAGCUAGCGGCAACCGAGAGUGACGAAGAUGGAGAGGAGGGCCUUUCCUUAGUUGAGCGCUUAAAGAAGCGUCAACGAGCACUCGCAAAGGGUAGCGACGACGCUGACGACGAAGGCAAUCGCAACGGAAACGUGAUCGUGGAUGAUGAUGAUGAUGGUAGUUAUGACCAAGAGGAGUGUGAAGACGAGCUUCUCAGUGAGGGUGUGAACGAAGAGGGCGAGUACGAGACGCUCUUGGAGGAGGAGCGGGAUCGCCAGAAGAGAAGGGUUGCGACUCUGCAACCCAAGCGGGAGUUAAUCGAACCUGCAGUGGAUCGUCGCAAGACGACCAAGAAGAUUGAAACGCACCGGGGGCUGACCAAAUCUCGCCCGAAGGACCGGAAAACUCCCCGGACAGCUCAACGACGCAAGUAUGAGAAAGGUUUGCGCAUCCAUAAGACACAGACACGCACUGUUCAACCGGAGCCGGAGGGUGGCUUUGUGGGUGUGCCGCUGCUCAAGUCUCGCGUUACGCAAAGCGUUCGGUUUCAGUAG